AAAAAAUACAGCGUACCCCGGAAGGAAUGGUGAUGUGGUUCAAACGUGUCGGGUGAAUUUUUUUUGCAACUGCUAUUCAUUCUGAAAAACAGCUAUAGAUGAGACUAUGGCAUCUUCACCUAAAGUCAAGAGAACUGCUAAACCUAGAGAUGGUGUACAAAAUCUCCUCAGAUCCCAGAAGGAUGCCUAUGCCAGACUUCUGAAUCAGCAUCAGAAUGGCAAGUUUCGUUCUUACUUGCAAGAGUUAGCGAAGCAGCAGGUGGAAGAUAGCACAUCAGCUAGCAGGUCUGGGAUUGUUGUGUGCAAAAGAAAAAAGGGCAAUUCAGAGUCGUAUUCUGUUGAUAGCUUAUCUGCUCAGCAAGCCUCCCUUUGUUUGUACAUGGACAAAACCAGCUAUCAGGUGACAUGCGCUGAAGACCAGGGCAUAAAAUCUAGCAUGCUGGAAAAGCACGCCAGAAUGGAGCUACCUAAGGCUACUGCAACCAAAAAGGUACCCUCAAUACUGCAACACAAGAGAAUUGAAAAAGAUCUGGUGGGAUCUGAGGAAGGUGAAAGUCAACAGUUGAGCUGUUUGUGUGAGGAGGAACAAGCAAAGAACAAAUCAAAGAAGAAGAGAUUAAAAGGAAUUUUAGCAAAAAAAGGCAAGGGAGAAUGUUGCCCUGAGGUUGACCCCAUUAUUGCUGGGAAAUCACCAAAAGAAACCAUCAAAGCUCCUCAAACACAAGCAUCAAAAGAGAACUUGCCACAAAACAAUAAAGAUAAAGGCGCUAAAGGUGGUAGAGGGUCCCAGAAGCAACUGUUUGAGCAGUACAUGUGCACAGAGGAUGUUUCUGCAGGCCUGAAGAGAGGGGAACUCAUAAAGGGAGUACUGAGAAUAAACCCUAAGAAGUACAAGGAAGCUUUUGUCCCAUCUCCUGAUGGGUCAGCUGAUAUCUUUCUGGAUGGGAUUGCAGCUCGUAACAGGGCUCUCAAUGGAGAUGUUGUUGUUGUGAAAAUCCUUCCCCUUGAACACUGGAAGGCAGAAGUCAGUGGGGAUAUAAAUGAGAGAACUUUAACCAAUCAGAUGGUGCCAAAUGCUCCUGAUGUCAUAGUGGAGGCCCAUUACAAUGAAGACGAUAAGGUGAUUGGUAAAAUGAAGAAUGUCAGUCUCCAUGAUAAAGCCCUUGUGAAAACUCAAUUUGUCAAACAUGAAAGUGCAUUAAACGUUUCUGGAACAAGUUCAGAGAGAGCUAUGCAAAAGACUGGACAGGUUGUAUUCAUUCUUGAGCAAAAGCACUCCAGGGUAUCAUCUGGCUUUCUUAAAUUUCUCCCCAACAAGAAUUUUGCAAUGUUCUCCCCUACGGACCAUCGGAUUCCAAGAGUUAAUGUGCCUCUAGCAGACUGUCCUGCAGACUUUGUCUCCAGACCUGGGGACUAUGAAAAUAUACUCUUUAUCUGCCGAAUAACACACUGGCCAACAGACAACAACUUUGCUGAAGGGCGACUUACAAAAACAUUAGGGCAAGCAGGUGAAAUAGAGCCAGAAACAGAAGGCAUCAUGACGGAAUAUGAUGUUGAUUUCUCAGAGUUUCCAGAGGAGGUCUUGAAUUGUCUUCCCCAAGAUCUGCCCUGGAGCAUCCCUGCUCAUGAGCUCUCUAAAAGAAGAGAUCUCAGAAAAGAAUGUAUAUUUACCAUCGACCCAGCUACAGCCAGAGAUCUAGAUGAUGCACUGUCCUGCAAACAACUUUCAGAUGGCAAUUUUGAAGUUGGUGUUCAUAUAGCUGAUGUGAGUUACUUUGUGGAAGAGGGAAGUGUCUUGGAUCAAAUCGCUGGUAAAAGAGCCACAAGUGUUUAUCUUGUUCAGAAGGUAAUUCCCAUGUUGCCUCGACUUCUGUGUGAGGAGCUGUGCAGCUUGAAUCCUCUGACUGAUCGACUGACAUUCUCUGUUAUUUGGAAGCUUUCUGCAGAGGGAAAGAUCCUGAGUGAGUGGUUUGGCCGAACCGUUAUCUGUUCCUGCAUUAAGAUGAGUUAUGAUCAUGCUCAGAGUAUGAUUGACGCUCCUGAAAAGCACUUCAGUGCUGAAGAGCUGCCACCCUGCUCCCCAAACCACAGCAUCCAUGAGAUACAAGAAGCCAUUCUCAAUUUGCACAACAUUGCCAAACAGCUUCGAGCCCAGCGCUUUGAGGGUGGAGCUUUACAUCUUAAACAGCUGAAGCUAUCUUUCACCCUUGAUAAGGAGUCCAGCAUGCCUCAGGGCUGUUACGUCUAUCAAUAUCAGGACAGCAACAAAUUGGUGGAGGAGUUCAUGUUGCUGGCAAAUAUGGCGGCUGCCCAUAAGAUCUACCGCACAUACCCAGAACUGGCCAUCCUGCGUAGGCACCCGCCACCCCAGAGCAAAAUGGUAGAUGAUCUGCAGGAGUUCUGUACCCAGAUGGGCCUUGACAUUGACUUAAACUCUUCUGGAGGACUCCAUAAGAGUCUGAAUGAAAAUCUUGGUAAUGAUGAGUAUGUAGAUGCCAGGAAAGGAGUUCUCACUCACAUGUGCUCCAGGGCAAUGCAGAUGGCUUCCUAUUUCUGUACUGGAGCUCUGAAAGACGAAAAUUCCUUCAGUCAUUAUGCUCUGAAUGUUCCUCUCUACACUCACUUCACUUCACCUAUACGGCGCUAUGUUGAUGUCAUUGUGCACCGUCUACUGGCCGCCUCCCUUAACUGUGGACCACCGUUGAGUCUCUCAUUAGAAGAAGUACACAAACAGGCAUCCCACAGCAAUGACAGGAAGACUGCUUCAAAGAGAGUCCAGGAGUUGAGCUCUGAGCUUUUCUUUACUGUCUUUGUUAAGGAGUGUGGUCCUUUGGAUUCAGAGGCUAUGGUCAUGGGAGUUCUUGACCAGUCCUUUGAUGUGCUUGUGCUUCGCUACGGUGUGCAGAAACGAAUCUAUUGUAAUUCAUUAGAGGGACUUAAGGCAGUCCACUUCCGUAAAGUGGGAAAGAGACCAGAGAUGACGCUUGUUUGGGAACAAAGUGACCCCAGCAAAGAGCCCACACAACAGGAGAUUUCCAUCUUCACGUUGUUGCAUGUACAGCUGAAGGCAGAUGGAGCUUCUCUGAAAUACAGUGCUGUACUUAGGAGACCCUCAGCACACCUAUGAAUUUUAUUCUUAAUAUUCUGUAUUCUUAUUAUAUUUUGUUUGCUUGCAGACGUCUUAACCAAACAGAGGUAUCACUAGCAAGUAAGGCUGCUCCUUUGCACCGAUAUAAUAUGAACUUUGUUCAAUAAUCAAAUAAUGCAAAUAAUCUCUAUAAUUUUUAACAAAGUGAAGUUUUGUGCCAUUUGGAGAAUAGUUUCUAAAGUUAGUUUUAGUUUAUAUUUUAUGCUUUAUUGUAAUUAACAAUUUAACCUACAUGUACUUUCUAAUAUUUGGGGUAUCGUUUUCUGUCUUGUGCCUGCUAGUAUGUGCAGUCUUUGUAUCAGCAAGAUAAACAAUAUUGUCAACUUCAGGAGUUGCAGAUAUGUAAAUGUGAUUUUGUUUUCUCAGUGGAAAGAAUUGGGCCUUUAAAGCCCUUCUGUAGUCAAACGUGUACUAAAACCUAUCAAAAAUUUACAAUUAAAUGUUUGUUUUUUUGUGAAACAAAUUUUUUUUCAUGCCUUAAAAUAGCUUGAAUGUAAAUGAACGUUCAAAAGCUGUGAAACACUUUUGUAACUAUUAGAUUCAAAUAUGUACACUUUAAUACAAAUUUCUACCUUUAAGGUACUAAAAUGGACCCUUUAGGUACAAACAUGAACCUUUGAAAAGGUACCACCCCAGGGAGUUAAUACCAUAUUGACAAAAAGAUUAAUAGCUUUGACCUCAUAAAAUUAUUAAUAAUAUCCAUAUGUUUUGAUCUGUAAAUAAUAUCCGGAAGUAUAAACUAUCAUGCAUGAAAUUCCGAUGUCUACAUCCUGAGUGUGAAGAAAAAUGUGGUCUCUCUCUCUCUCGCUCUCUCAUUUAACUCGUUAUCUUGGCUAAUUGCAUCUUUUCUUACAAAAUACUUCAGCAUCUAUAAAACCUCUUGAGCAGCAUGUUUAUGCACUGUUAAAAUAAAAUACUAAAUUGUGUUUGAAAUACUUAAAUUGGGUGACACUUCAUUUUACAAUCAUAGUUGUAUAUUUUUAUUACCAUAUUCAUUAAAUAUAAGAAAUAUGAAAUAUGUGCAUGCUUGUUUAUAUGAUUUUAUUAGAACACAAUUACACUGAUAUAACAAAUGUAAAUUUGGUUUAUGCUGAAAUAUCUUAAUAAUCAUAGUCCUAAUAAAUCAGAUCAAUUGAUGGACAGGUGUACAAUUUGUACAGUUAAAAAAUCAUUAUGCCUAUGGAAUGUCCCCAAAAACAACGUGUGUCACCCUGCUCAGAUUGACAAUUCGGUCAUUUUGUUGGGCGAUUUCAUUCGUGGUAUGAACAUCGUUGCUUCCACAAUAAUGGAAAAUAUUUUAUAUUUUAUAAUUUCAGUGAAAAUUUUUAAUACUUAAAUAUUAUAUUUUCCAUAUUCUUUCAAAUAGAGACAGUCCUGUCUUUAUCUUGAAAUGGUUGUGUAUGUGUGUGCUUGUUUAUAUGAUUUUAUUAGAUCACAAAUUGGUAUUACACUGACAUGUAAAUUUGGUUUAUGCUAAAAUAUCCUUAUAGUCCUUAUAAUUCAGAUCACUUAAAAAUUGUCUGUAUGCAAAACAUUUGCGUGAUGGACAGGUGUACAGUGUUUACAGUUUGUACAGUCAAAAAUCAUACCCUAGUGUAGCAAUAUUCCAAAAUGUGACCCCAUAAAGAUUAAAUUAAAUAUAAUAUAGAUACGUUCUGCCUGUCAUGUCAGGGGAAGAAAUUGCUCAGCCUGUUAAAUAAAAUGAACCAUUUAAGCCAUUUAACAUUUGUGUGUAACCACAAAUUAACACAGGCCUAAUAUAAUGGCUGAGUUUUAGGUUUUAUGUAAAGAUAUAUUCAAGAUGUAAAAUAAUAAUAUUGGUUCUAAUAUAAUAAUGGUUCUAAUUAUUUUUUGUUUCUCAGUGUAUACUAUAUGCAAACAAUUUACAGUGAGAUGGUUUGCAACAUGAAGAGUAAAAAAAAAGUAACAGAUGCAUAAACACAUGAGGGACAGAGAGAUGUCAGAGAAAAUGAGAAAAGGAAAAUAGAAGUUCAAGAUAAAACAUUUACUUAUUUGGCAUGACCCUAGCCUAGGGAUUUAAACUUUUUUUUCAAAAUUUGUUGUGGAGGUAUAAGAUGGCCUGGAUGAGUGUGAGAUUCCCCAGCUUGAAAUUUUUUCCCAGUGCCACUUCCACAUGUUCACACCAGCAGGGACUCCUGAUACUUGGAUAAUGACUGCUAAAACUGUUGUUAUCCAACUACAUUGGAUAUUGCAACAUUUGGGAAAUGUGGACGCCAAUAAGUGGGUCUGACUCUGGACUUCAUUUACACUGUUGCUGCAGGUUAUUAUUCAAGUUAGUGGUUCUAAAUAGAAAUAAUUAAAAACGAACAGCACAUGCCACCAUCAAAAUGGUGAAAAAUAUCAACAGCUAGUGCAACAUCUACAGAAAAAAAAUAUACUAGAUUCAUUUGACUGCCUUUUUACUAGAGCCUCUGCUUUACAGCACAGUUAAAAGGGUUGACUGUUUUUUUCUAGGCUUGAUUGUGUUUAUAGCGUGUAGUCUGACGUGUUAAUGCUUUGUAAAAAAUAAAUAAAUCACUUUACCUUUA